AAGGGCCAGUGCCAGUCUGGUAGAGGUUUGAAGUGCGUCUUGGUACGUCCUUCUAGUCGGUUGAGAUCGGGACUUCUUUGGCCGUCUGACAGCCGGCACCAAGGAGUGAUCAUCUUCGCGAAAUCUCGCCAGUCUCUGAGCGUUCGGGAAGCUGCGCGUCUCCUGUCAGGCAGGCGGUAGGUGCUGAGGACAACCCCCUCCUGACCCCAGCUCCAUCUCACCUCCAGUGGCGAAUCUCGGUUGGAGGCGUUCUCUGGAAAAUGGCAAUUGGGCAGGAGCGUGUGGUUGCUCUGGUGGACAUGGAUUGCUUUUUUGUACAGGUGGAACAGAGAGAAAAUCCACAUUUGAGAAACAAACCUUGUGCAGUUGUGCAGUACAAAUCAUGGAAGGGUGGUGGAAUAAUUUCAGUCAGUUAUGAAGCGCGUGCAUUUGGAGUUACUAGGAGUAUGUGGGCUGAUGAUGCUAAGAAGCUAUGUCCAGAUCUUUUACUAGCACAAGUUCGUGAGACUCGAGGGAAAGCUGACCUCACCAAGUACCGGGAGGCCAGUGUGGAAGUAAUGAAGGUAAUGUCUCGUUUUGCUGUGAUUGAGCGUUCAAGCAUCGAUGAGGCCUACGUAGAUCUAACUAAUGCUGUACAAGAGAGACUGCAAAAGCUGCAAGCUCAGCCUGUCACAGCAAACUCGUUGGCAAGCACCUACAUUCAGGGGUUUCCCCAUGGCACUAGGGCCCUGGAAGGGUCUAUUCAAAAAGAUGAAAUUCGAAAGCAAGGAGUAAUCCAGUGGCUUGAGUCUCUUCCCUUUGAUGACUCUAGCUCUCCAGACCUGCAGCUCACUGUGGGAGCAGUAAUUGUGGAGGAAAUGAGAGCAGCUAUAGAGAGGCAAACUGGUUUUCAAUGCUCAGCUGGGAUUUCACACAACAAGAUCCUGGCAAAACUGGCCUGUGGACUAAACAAACCCAAUCGCCAAACUCUGGUGUCACAUGGGUCUGUCCCACAACUCUUCAGUCGUCUGCCUAUUAGUAAAAUCCGUAAUCUUGGAGGAAAGUUGGGAGCUUCUGUUAUUGAUACUCUGGGAGUGGAGUAUAUGGGUGAACUAACCCAGUUUACUGAACUCCAGCUCCAGAGUCACUUUGGGGAAAAGAAUGGAUCCUGGCUGUAUGCCAUGUGCAGAGGGAUUGAACACGAUCCAGUAAAACCCAGGCAAUUACCCAAGACCAUUGGUUGUAGUAAAAAUUUCCCAGGGAAAAUAGCGCUGGCUACCCAGGAACAGAUCCAGUGGUGGCUUCUCCAGUUAGCCCAGGAGCUAGAAGAAAGACUGAUCAAAGACCGAAAUGAUAAUGACAGAGUGGCCACACAGCUGACAGUUAGCAUCCGGGUACAAGGAGACAGACGUCUCAGCAGCCUGCGCCGCUGCUGUGCUCUGGUCUGCUAUGAUGCCCAUAGGAUGAGUAAUGAUGCAUUUGCUCUUAUCAGAAACUGUAACACUGCUGGAAUUAAAGCUGAAUGGUCUCCUCCCCUCACCAUGCUCUUCCUUUGUGCCACCAAGUUCUCUCCUUCUGUUCCACCAUCUUGCACAGACAUCACCAGCUUUAUGAGCAAUAACACAUCUGUUCAGAAGUCAGAUGCUGCCACUUCAAAUUCUAAAGCUCUGGACUGUGGUCCAAAGGGUGUAGCUACUAAGAGAGCUAUCAGUUCUCUGGAGUUGCUUUUCCAAAAAGCUGCAGAAAAGCAGAAAGCCAAAGAGGCCUCCAUCCCACCUUCUUCUACCAUUCAGGUCCCUGCAUCCAGUUCACCACUGAAAUCUUCUUUACAAUUUUGUUGCAACAAUACAACUGAAAUGGAGCCCUUCUUUAAACGAAAAAAUAGGGAGGCCCAAACAUAUCCACAUCUUCAUAAUAGCUUUUUUGCUCCUCUCCCUUCACAAAAUUCAUUGCCUGUGGCUAGAAACAUCACCAAAAAUCAAUCAGAAGAGCCAGAUCACGAGGUGCUAGAACCUAAACCUUCCACGGCUCCUCAAGAAGAAAUGGUUUUGGUCCAGUGUGGAUCAAGAAGACUUGGUUCUUCUCUGGACAAUGCUGGCAAGGUAGCUACUGGUGGCCCACCUUUUCCAGAUGCUGAAGACCAGAUGUGCUGUGAGAAGUGUGGCUCUUUAAUAUUAGUGUGGGAAAUGCCUGAACACAUGGACUAUCAUUUUGCAAUGGAACUACAGAACUCAUUUUUGGGACCCUGUUCCAGGUCUCCAGUUGUCCUUGCUACCUCCCCUUCUCAGAUCAAGAAAAGUCCCAAGAGCUCCUUGCUUUCAAAUGCCAAGCGCUUCAGGCCUGAGGGCACCCGAACAUUGGAAUCAUUUUUUAAGCCAUUAACACAAUAGCUCUGGCUCAGAGUUAGGCUGGCCCUGGAUUUUAUCAUUUUUAUCUGAAAUCCUAGAAAUAGAAAUGCAUGUGACUUUUUAAGGGAAAUCCAUACAAAAACUUUUUUAGCAUACAGAAAUUUAUUUUUACAAUGCUACAUAUGAUUAUUCUGGCAUUCCUUUGAAAGAUGUAGUUUUUCUAAUUGGAAACCCUAUUGAGAAGACUUGAAAUUUGACUUUCUUGAUGCUUAUACAGUGCAUGCACACCUGGGUAUUUGAUAUAGGCAUGUUCUAGUUAAGGUAAUCUCAACCUAUGUUCAUGGUAAUGUUAUAACCAAAAAAACAUCACAGUAAUGAAUUAGUGUAGUUUGCCUGAUUACUUUAACACUUUCUAUGUGAUUAAUUUCCCCUUGAAAACGUUAUUUCAUAGCACCAAUUAAUGGCAUCAGGCAGCAUAUUUUUAUAGUAACUAGAUCAGUUAAUGGCAAGUAUGGGUUUAACAACAGCAAUACUUCUCAAUAGCCUCCAAUCCUAAGAGUUUUCCUUUCUAUUAAAUAUAGUGGAUUUAUCGGUACAAAUCAGGAGUGCAAGCCUGUUGAAGAAUGGAUUUUAAAGUAUUAUGUCACAAUCUCUGUAUAAGUCUGGAAAGUGGCUCCACCCUACAUAGGUGGAUACCAAAAGACCCAAGUCUAUAAAAGGGCAAUUGUUUUUCUGUCACCUAAAACCUACAGGUUAGAUGUGAAAGGAAGGUAAUAGGGUAUAUUGGGAAGAAGCUUUAGAUCUAGACUCUACUUCCACCUACGACUUGUAUAAUGUUAGGCAAAUCAUUUAAGUUGCUGGGCCUUAAGUUGCUCAUCUGUAAAAUUAGGAGUCAGGACUACCAAAUCUCCAAGUCUCUAAAAGUCUUCCUUAUAAAUACUAAUUCAGGUCAUCCCAGGCACUUCUCAAAUUAGGACAGUUAAUAAUAUUCUAUAAUUCUGAUCUUUUCACAUGUAGGAUACUAAAACCCUUUUUUUUGCUUUGUGUCUUUGCUUAAACAAUUCCUUCUUCUUAGAUUUUUCUUCUUUCCACAAUUCUUAUCAAAAUUCUGUCCAUUUUGCUCUGAUUAAUGAUUUUACUAGCUUUAUUGAUUAGUGUUGCAUAAUUACACGUUUUCAUGGAGUCUGGUAUCUAGAUAUGGCAUCUAUUUUUAAAAUUCUAUUUUUAAUGAAUUAUAUAAUGAACAUGACUCAAAUUAUCUGUUUAAUGCUAGUGGCUUAUCUGUGACUAAAAGGCUAGGAAAUAAUUGUUUUCAUAAUCAUUCUUUGAAGUGAUAAAAAACUGGACAUGUUUCUUAAAGUAUAUAAGGUUUCAAAAAAAAAUUUAUAUCCUUCAAGACCUGGAUUACUCAGUCUCCAAUUAAGUUCUUUAUAAUAAAUACUGUUUGGUAAAACUAA